AUGUUCUCUGGUCUCAAAAACCCCCCAAAAUCAUGUAUUGGCCAGUCUAGAGCACUUGUAUCAAUAACUUGUCGAGGCGUGCCAAUCGCUCGCGAGGAUUUUUUCAACUACACCAAUGGUCAUUUUCUUGUCAAUGAGGAGUAUCAGCUCAGCCGACGACAUGUCCGGUUCGACCUGGAUAAGCUCUGUACAGCUGUCACUGCAGCCACCGGGGGAGAUUGCAGCCCGGUUAUAGCGAUCGACAAAAUGGAAGGAGGAUUCAGCAAGGCUCUUUUGAUGCAAAAGGCGGAUGGAACGCAAUUUAUAGCCAAAAUUCCGUGUCGUGUUGCUGGUCCGCCCUCAUUAACGACGGCUGGCGAGGUGGGAGUUUUAGAAUACGGUAUGCCCUUAUCGUAA